AUGGUCGGCAUUGGCGGCGGCGCUCCUACGAAGAAGCAGGACAUCCGACUAGGCGACGUCGUCGUCGGCACCCCUAGUAACGGCAGGAGCGGAAUAUUCCAAUACGACUUCGGCAAAGCUGUCCAGGACGGGGUCUUUAAACUAACAAGACACCUCGACCAGCCGCCGAUGUUUCUGCUAACGGCUGUCAGUUCCCUCAAAGCAACUCACGAGGGAAAAGGUCAUAAUCUGAAAUUGGACGUCGAGAAUGCGCUUGACAACAUCAGGAAGCGGAAUAAUUUCGCCCGACCUCCGACCAUCAGCCAUCGGCUAUACAAGCCCGAGGUCAUUCACCCGCCAGAAUCUCCAGAUGACUGCGCAGUUGUGUGUGGAUCCGACCCAGCGUCUCUCGAGAUACGGACAGAAAGAUGUCCGGACGACGACGACCCGGCCAUACACUAUGGGCUGAUCGCUAGCGCAGACACGGUCAUGAGGAAUGCACAGUUUCGAGACAAGCUAGCCAACAAGGAGGGAGUCCUCUGCUUCGAGAUGGAGGCGCCCGGCUUGGUGAACCAUUUCCCAUGUCUCGUCAUACGCGGUAUAUGCGACUAUUCCGACUCGCACAAGAACAAGGAUUGGCAGGGAUAUGCGGCCAUGACGGCGGCAGCGUACGCCAGAGACCUCCUGCUCAGCAUCCCGCCCGAUAGCGUACAGCAAGAGAAACGAAUGACGGAGGCUUUUGAUGAUGUUUGGAAGAGCGUGCGCGGUAUCCACGAAGACAGCCAUGCCACCAGGGCUACCCAAUCCACUCACACGGCUCUUCUUGAUAGGACCCAUCAGGGUGUGCCGAGUACCAGUCAACACGCUGCCGCCGACGACGUGUCUGCUGCCCUUAAGCCUCACUACAUGCUGCGCUUCGCCGAUGACCCCGAUUUCAUCGAUCGGCCCGACAUGAUGGAAUGGAUGAUACAGCAGCACAACAUCCCUGGGCAUGUUCGCAUGGCACUUGUGGGUAUAGGCGGGAUAGGGUUUGCGCAUUGGGUCCACGAGCGCUCCAAGGAUACGAGCAUCUUCUGGGUGCGCGCUAGCACGGAAGCUACAUUUCGAGAAUCGUAUCAGCAAAUCGCAAAUAUCCUAUCAUUGCCUCGUCGAAAUGAAAGAGGCACCGAUAUCCUCGCACUUGUCUGGGAAUGGCUACAGAGGGAAGACAUAGCGUCGUGGCUCAUGGUCGUCGACAAUGCCGACGACCGCCACAUGUUUCUCCCACAGCAUAUGAACAACGGCGAAAAGUCACCCGGUUCAUACCUACCCCACACCGGAAACGGCAGAAUCUUGGUUACAUCACGCAACUACGACGUUGCGGAGAGACUAGUCGAGGGCAAAGGAAUCCAGGCCGUGCCAGAGAUGGCAAGCACCCAGGCAUCGCAACUCUUCCGAACCAAGCUAGGCCAAUCUUCUGACGAAGACGAGGCCCCAAGCUUGAUCCAGGCCCUAGGGAAUAUUCCACCUGCCGUGACCCGGUCAGCAGCAUACAUCCGCAAGCGACGAGGUCGCGUCAUUGGAGCGUACUUGGAUGCAUCUUAG